AUGGCUCGAUUCGGAACAAUGCUGGCCCAUCUUAGGCACCACGAGGAGUCUAAUGAUCAAGAAACUUCUAUUCCGGAAAAAAGAGUAGACCUAAUAGAUGGUCAAAAGUCAUCCCAACAGUCUCUUUCAAGCCGACAAUCCUCCAUGGCCCUGAAGCCUCAGAUAUCUUCUUCAAAUAAUAGUGAGAGUCAAGUUGGUAUUACAGAUGCAAAUCAGAGUCAACGCAUGAUUCAGGGUCACAGUCAUAAUCAUAGUAAGUCACAACUUUUCAAUCAACAGAUGUCCAAUGCGGGAGAAGCUGCUGCAUCAUUUGCGGCUACCAAUGGCUCAUUGAGUCCUACUGUUUCUAAUUCUGGUAUGAAUACCGGAUCUGUGCCUCAAGUGAUCAGCUCUAGACGUUCAUUCUUUGGAUUAUCUAUGGGAAGAUCUCAUACUGGUGAUAGUCUAUUGGACCAUUACCACGGUGCUAACACUCAAUUAAAUAUGACGUCUGCUCAUGCUGAAAGGCCGCAGCCUCAUUAUUCAUCUUCCAUGGUACAAUUGAAAAAGUUUUUCCGUCCUAUGAGGAAGCGGACUACACACGACAGUGGAACGACGUCUCCUCGAACCGUAUCGCAUGCUAACUCCGGCCCUACUUUUACGCAUGAUUCACAUAACAACAUGAUAGUUAAGACAGAUCAGAGAUUCUGGGAUGGACUGGAAGGUUCUCUCUCAAAGAAAUAUGGAAAGCCAGGUAAAAUGUUGGGUUCGGGAGCGGGUGGAUCCGUUCGUUUGAUCAGCAGAGAAUCCGAUAAUGUCACAUUUGCCGUCAAGGAGUUUGUUCCUCGAAGAGCCCAUGAGAGUGUCAAGGAGUAUGCCAAAAAAUGCACAGCUGAGUUUUGUAUCGGAUCCACGCUUCAUCAUCCCAACGUUAUCAAAACAUUGGAUAUUAUCUGCGAGAACAAUCACUACUAUGAAGUGAUGGAAUACGCUCCUGUUGACUUCUUUUCUGUGGUUAUGUCCGGUAAGAUGACUCGUUCAGAAAUCAAUUGCUCCCUCAAACAGAUCACCUUAGGUGUUCAAUAUUUACAUUCUGUUGGAUUGGCACAUAGAGAUUUGAAAUUAGAUAACUGCGUGGUGACCAAACAGGGAAUACUCAAACUAAUCGACUUUGGCUCCGCCGUAGUGUUCAAGUAUCCAUUUGAAGACGAAGUGGUGAUGGCACACGGCAUUGUGGGAUCAGACCCAUACCUGGCUCCAGAGGUUCUUUCUUCUACCAAUCGUUACGAUCCACAAUUUGUCGAUAUAUGGUCUAUUGGUAUCAUAUAUUGUUGUAUGACUCUCAGGAGAUUUCCAUGGAAAGCUCCUAAGAAAGAUGAUCCAAGUUUCUCUCUGUAUUGCAUGGAAGAUGAUAUUCCCCAUGACUACUUGGAGAGUGCAAAAAGACAUAAACAAUUGUUACUGGAGAGAAAGCAGAAGAUUGCAGAAAAAAGAAAGUUAGAGGAACAGAGAAAAGAGGAACAAGAUGAAAACGAUGAUCUUUGUGGUGUUACGAAGGGUGUUGAAGCAGUGUACAUUAAAGAUAAGCACGAAAACGAGAAGAACGAGAACGAGCAUGAGGGUGAGCAUGAACAGAAGAACGCUGAUGAGUUUGAGUUAGAUCGUGAGAAUGAGGAGAAGGAGAAAGAACACGAGUCAAAGCAGGAGCACGGGCACGAGGAGAAGAAUAAGGAGAAGGAAAAUGUGAAUGAGCAUGAGCAGAGUGAUGGGGAUGAGCACAAAUUUGUGGAAGACCAUAAUGAUAUGAAGGUGAAAGAAGAUGUGAAGAAUGAAGAGCAGGAUGAUGCAAAAGAAGAUUCAGAUCAGAAGGUUGAUGACUUAGAGAACGUUGACCAGAAUAAGCUUGAAGCACAACCUGACAAGUUACACUCAUCACAUCAUAAGUUGAGCCCAGAGCCUAAAUCGGAAAUCGACAGUGUACCAGAGCGUCGCCAAAAGGCGGUUUCCAAGACUCAUCGGCAAAUUCACGGUCCUUAUAGAUUGAUGAGGUUGCUUCCUCAUGCUUCUAGACCUCUGAUAUCACGCAUGCUUUGUGUUGAUCCUAAAAAGAGGGCUACGAUAGACGAAAUUCUAGCGGAUUCUUGGUUUAACGAUAUCAAGUACUGUACUAUUGAUAAGGAGGGUAACGUGAUUAAUGAUCCAGGACAUCACCAUACCAUCAUUAUCUAG